UGAAAAUGGCCGCUUGACCGUCGAAAGCGGCUUGCUGUCAAAAUAUAAAAAUAAUUUAAAGUAGCGCGUAUGAAUAAUUCUAAUGAAAUCAAACGAAUUUUACAAAGUUCUUUUAUAUUAAGAUUGGAUGAAAUAAAUAAUUUUUAGCUCAGAUGUUGUAACAAUUAGCUCGCAAAGGUCAUUUACACCUUUGCAAUUCGCUUCGUGUCGUGCGUACUGAAGCAGCACUUGUGAAUCGGUGUUUACGUCCCAGGAUGAGUGAGGAGGAUAGUGAAGGCUCGCCCGUGCGGUUCAAACGGAAAACCAAGAUUGUUGACGUCUUGACUUCAUCAGAGUCCGAUAGUGAUGAUGGCAUCGGCGUGGCGGAUACACGUAGAAAGAGACUUCGGGUAUUAAGUGACGAGGAGUCUGCCAGCAGUAGUGACAGCUCCGUGGCGGUCGGUGGUGUUCGUAGACGUGAGCUUCGUAAACUGAGAUAUUCGGAUGAUGAGAGCGAUCUCUCAGGAUGGACUACUGAUGACUCCAACGCAGCAAAGACACAACCAACACAACAAAAACCUACUGGACAGACAUCUGGAUUCGCAUCGGACAGUUCUGAAGGCAAUUCUGAUAAAUGUUCAAUCUGCCUUCUCCGCUUUAAAGACCAGGAGGUGGGAACUCCGGAGAACUGUGACCAUAUAUUUUGUGUUGACUGCAUAUCGGAAUGGGCGAAGAAUGUCAAUACAUGUCCUGUAGAUAGAAUUACGUUCAAUUCUAUAAUUGUGAAAACACAUGCUGGUGGUAGUGUAAUAAGGUCUGAUCCCGUGAUAGUGUUGCCUCGGAGACCUUCAUCAGAUAUAUUUAUAGUUGAAGAUACAACAUACUGUGAGGUAUGUGCAAGUCCAGAUAAUGAAGAAACAAUGUUACUUUGUGAUGGUUGUGACCGUGGAUAUCAUAUGCAGUGCCUCAACCCUCCCCUCAACACAGUGCCUUUAUCUCAAUGGCUUUGCUCAUAUUGUCAAGACCUUCUAGACGCUAACAACACUUCCGAUAUGGAAGACCUGGAAGGCAUCAGGUCACGUCGGUUGCGGAGAAAUUUGCGAUCAAUGCCGAGAAAUUAUGAUACAAUAGAAGAACCAUCAACAUCAAGUGGUCGGAGUAAUGUACGUUUAAAUGAACCGACUACUUCCCGGGGGACGAGCACUUCUCAAAGAUCUAGAUAUUCUAGAAGGUCGACAGGAACGCAACGAAGGAAACGGAAAUUAAAGACUAAUGCAGAUGUAGACAGACAAAAUAGAAAUAAAAAGCUUAAGAAGCUAAAGAAGAAAAGGAAGACAAGACGGCAACCAAGAACAGCAGCCCGCAGGUCCCACGUGCGUGCGAGCGUGCGCGCUCAGUUAGUCAACUUGAAGAUCAGCUCCAACGAUGUCCGCGUGUCCUCUGCGGAGGCCCAGAGCCUGUCCAGCCUGCGGCAGGCCGCCGGCAUCGCCUCGCUCAGUCUCUUCGGCAGUGCUUACGAGCUGGACCACUUCACGGACGAUGAACAAGAUACUAAUUCUAGCGGGAUGACUGCGGUUAUGAGACCCACAUCUAACAUGCUGUCUGCUUAUAGACAGGCAAGAAGAAAGAUGAUUUCUAUUCCAUCACCUUCACAAACAUCACCACCAGAUAUUCUUUCUAGCAUAAUAGAAAGUCAAACUUUACUGUAUUCUAAGAACUCUGUCGUAACCGUAUCUGUAGAUGGAAAUAUUGAUAUCAAAUUGAAAAGAAAUAAAAAGAAUAGUUUGCCGAAAAAUAACUCCAACCCUACAAAAAAUGAUGAUAAACUCGAUCUUUCUAAAGGCGAAGAUGCGUCUAAGAAAGCUCCCUCGUACCCCGGACAGUCGCGCGGCGGCUGGGGCGGCGGCUACCGCGGCAACUACCACAGGGAGCAAAACUCCAAUAAUUUCAACAGAGGCAAUAACUACGACAAUUACGGUGGCAACUACCAAAAUCAGAGACAGGGAAACAUGAAUUACCAUAAUAACAUGAGACGAGAUGAAGCUGAUAAUUUUGGCAAUUACGCGAGAAGACCACAGUAUUCGCAUAAUGAUGACUCCUUCUAUGACAGACAAGGUCCCAAUAGAAGACAGGUUCCCAACGACGCUAGAGGUCAACACUACGGCCCACAUCAGAGAUUAAAUGAUCAAGGGCCAGGACGAUAUAGUUUAGGUCCAUCUUGGCAAUCUUUUCCCAUGGGCAGCGGACCGCGUCCUGAAAACCCAGUAUCACAUAAUAGACAUUCUUUUGGAGGAUUCGAAAACCCACUCGAUAUGCGAAUGGGGCAAGCACCUUUUCCUGGUAAUACAAACUCAAAUGAUAUGUUCCCUCGUUCAGAAAAUGUCAAUAAAUCGCAACCUUCAGACUAUCAGCCGUUACCUGAACCACCUAUGUUUAGUUUCUCUAAAAUGUCUGAACCUGAAAAAUCUGAAGAUGAAAAAAGUGAUUCGGGGUUAGUUAUCGAUACGGAAAAAUAUGACCCGACUGAACCUACAAAUGAUGAUGAUGAUAGUUGUGGGGAUGAUAAAACAACGAAUCAAUCUAAAGCGGUCGAUUUGCCCGCCUUGCCCGCAUUGCCCGCCCUGCCCGCCCUGCCCGCCCUGCCCGCCCCGCCCGCAGCCGACGAGCACUCCCCCCCGCCCACGCCCGCCGCCGUGCAAAAUAUAUUAGCGGGUAUCGACACUAGUACAAUAAAUGUGCCUCAUAAUAUAUUAGAUAGUGCUGUAAGACAAGUUUUAAAAGAACAUAGAAAUUUAAUAUCUUCACCUAAGUUACAAUCUAACGUGUCUAACGAUAAAAGCGACGACGAAUCAGAUGGUGAUUGUCCCAAUUUUUCUAUUUAUUCAGCCACAAGUGUUCACAUUGCAAAUAAUAGUAACCUACCUGUCGAGGUGGUCAAGGAAGUGCCUCAAGACAAUCUUGAAGACCUCGUACAGGAGGACGAUGAUGUGCCUCCCCCAGAAUUUACCCCAAACGAGGUGACUAAUACACCUGUAACGAAAGCAAUAAUAGAUACGACCAUUAGUAAUAAGCCACAUUAUUCUAGUUCUGAUAGUAGUGUAAAAAAGAAAACCGACGAAGAAUAUAAAGAGAAAGUAUCAAAACGAUGUCCAAUAACAACUAAUACGAGAAAUCCUAUUAAAAUAAAACUUAAUACACAUUCUCUUAUAAAGAGACAUAUAAAUUUAUAUGACGAAGAAGAUAUAAAUGAAGAACCAGAGAUAGAUAAAGCCGAGACAGUCGAUAAAACUGAGGCGACUGAAAAAUGUGAGACAAUCGAAAAAUUUGACACAACUGGUAAAUUCGUCUCUAUAGAGUCGUUGCCAGAAGAAAAACCACAAGAUAAUUUAAAUAUCCACCUUGAAAAUAAUGAAGAAAAAACGGUGGAAAAACUCGACAACCAAAUAUGUAAAGACAAGGUUAUAUCAGAAGAAAAGAAUGAUACAGAAGUGCCAAUGCUAUCUCCGGCAUCCGAUAAAUCAACCAGUAAGAAAGAAAAAGAUAACAGUGACUCAGAGAAAGUACAGAAUGCAGAAAUAAACAAUGAAACAGCAACUGAAGAAGUGAAGGAUUUACAGGAAGAGGAGGAGGAAUUACCAACUGAACUGUUAUCAAAAGAAACAGAUACUAACAAUAGCGAGCUUGUUAAAUCGGAUAGCGAAAAAUCUGACAACGAAGUCCAUUCUGAGGAUGACGAUUCUGACGAUGAACUCUGCCUUAAAGCUGAUUCACCCGAAAAGGAGAUCGCUCCGGCAAAGGAAGGUGUAGAAAAAAUGACAGAGUCUAUAAGUGAAACCGAAGACGAACGUAGUUAUACGCCCUGUCUCGACGAAAACAAGUCGAAAGAUACGUCGCUAGAAAACGAAAAAGAGAAGGGAAUAGAAGGUCUAGACACUGAGAUGAUAUCCGAAGAUGAAGGAAACGAAAUGUUUUCGGAAAAUGAAAAAGCUCCCUCGGAGACAUCGCUCACCUCGCCAGUUAGGACGCAACCGACGGCCGCAGAAGAGAAAAGGGUCUCGGUCAAGAAAAAAGAAAGCAAAGGCGAAGAUCGCGAUGAUAUUAAAAAGAAAAAGAAGAAAGAAUCUAAAAAGGAAGUCAGGGAUAAAAAUAAAAACAAACAUAAAAAAACCGAUAUUUCUUUCAAGAAGCUUAGCAAAAAUGGUAAAGAAAGGAACUACAGAGAAAGGGAUAAGGACGAAAAGAGCAAGAAUAAAAAGGAGAGUCGCCGCGAGUCGAGCGAAGAAAAACAAAAGAGACGCAAGGAAAAAAGGAAAGAUUUGGAGAGAUAUGACGUUCGCACAGUGGUAACUGAAAAAAGAAAAAAGAUGAAAGACGCGUUUGGACGAGACAUUUCCCCGCGCAUGCGGUCCACCUCCCUGUCGCCGCUCGAGGACCCCUCGCCCUCGCGCACGCGGCGGUCCUUCUCCAGGAGUCGAAGAUCCGUCUCAAGAGGUCGCAAAUCGUUGUCCAGAAUAAGAAAGUCGCCGUCGAGAGGACGUAAGUCUCCCUCGAGGAACAGACGAUCCCUCUCGCGCACACGAAGAUCUCCAUCAAGGAAUCGCAGAUCACCGUCCAGAGUUCGCAAGUCGCCGUCGCGCGGCCGCAGAUCUCGCUCGCUGGGAAGAAAGUCGCCUUCCAGAGGAAGAUUGUCGGUUCCGAGA